AUGACAACUUCAAAAACAACCACUCCGUCGGAUUCUGGCAUCGAAAAGGAAUCCGGACACACUCAAAUCGAGUAUGCUAGCUCACUCAAGUUGGGGGAUGAGAAGGGAGACUACUCUGGUGCGACAGCCAAGACUGAUGCCAGAGAGAUUGCCCUUGUGCGCAAGCUAGACAUGAGAAUCAUGCCUAUCAUGUGGGCCAUGUAUUUUCUGAACUAUAUUGAUCGCAAUGCCAUUGCCAACGCACGUCUCGAUGGAAUCGAGGAGGAUCUCGGGCUGGUAGGCACUCAAUACAACACCUGUAUCUCGAUUUUGUUUGUUGGUUAUCUCUUGAUGCAAAUCCCGUCCAACAUGCUCAUGUCAUCGAAGAAGAUCAGACCUUCUCUCUAUAUGAGUAUAUGUAUGGCAAGCUGGGCAAUUGUAUCAGCUUGUACAGCCUUGACCAAGAGCUAUAGGGGUCUCGUUGCUGUCCGCUUUUUCUUGGAGAUUGCUUUCCGCAUCUCCAUUCUAUACUCCGGCAACAUCGUCGCGACUGCAGUUGCCGGUUUGAUUGCGGCCGCUACGUUCGCUACUUUAGAUCAUCAUCUUGGUCUCAAGGGAUGGCAAUGGCUCUUCAUCAUCGAGGGUGCGGUUACAUUUGGUGUCGCAGGUCUUGGAAUCUUCAUGCUUCCCGACCAUCCUUUGAAUACAAAAUGGCUCACGCCCGAGGAGCGACAGCUUGCCCACGAUCGCAUCCAAAAGGACACCGUCGGGGGUGAAGAGUCUAAAGGUGCUCUUGCCGGCUUGAAGCAAGCCAUGUGUGACCCACGCCUGUUCCUCCUAGCCUUCAUGCAAAACAUGCACCUUAGUGCCUGUGGUUUCAACAACUUUUUCCCUACCGUGAUCGGAAGCUUGGGAUUUAAUAACACCAUCACCCUUGUUCUGACUUGCCCUCCCUACAUUUUCUCCGGCAUCUGCUGUGUUGUGGUUGGAAUAACUUCUGGUCGGUACAACGAGCGAACUUGGCACAUCACCAUCUCUAUGGGUCUAGCAGUUGUGGGGUACAUCAUUUCAUGCACAACUCUGAACAUUGGAGCAAGAUAUGUUGCUUGUUUCCUAUUCGCUAGCGGAGCUUAUGCAGUUAACUCGGUCAUUUUGGGAUGGGUUUCAGCAACACUGGGUCAAACUCCUGAAAAGAAAGCUGCUUCUUUGUCGUUCAUCAACGUGGUUGCAAAUGCAUCUUAUAUCUAUACGGCAUAUCUCUACCCCAAGAGCGAUGGCCCUCGUUAUCUUACUGCCAUGUCAUCGAAUGCUGCCUUCGGCGUAGCAACAAUCGCUAGUGCUUGGGUGUUGCGAUUGUGGCUACAGCAUACCAAUCGCAAGAUCGACCAAGGACGUAUACUUGGCGCAGAUACUCGUUAUGCAUACUAG